ACAAACUCCGACGCCUUCAGCUCCAAGACGGAGAACCUGGCCAAGUACCUCAAGCUUGACCAGAGGGGCAAGAUCAUGGCCGAGUACGUCUGGAUCGAUGCCGACGGCGAGACUCGCUCCAAGUCCAGGACUCUCGAUGAGAAGGACUGGAAGCCCACGGAGCUCCCUAUCUGGAACUUUGACGGUUCAUCAACCAACCAGGCCCCCGGCGACAACUCAGACGUCUACCUCCGCCCCUGCGCCGUCUUCCCUGAUCCUUUCCGCGGUGCCCCCAACAUCAUCGUCCUGUCCGAGUGCUGGAUGGCGGAUGGCACUCCCAACAAGUACAACUUCCGCCAUGAGUGUGCCAAGGUUAUGGAGGCCUACGCCGACCAUGCCCCCUGGUUCGGUCUUGAGCAGGAGUACACCCUCCUCGACCUCGACAACCGCCCCUUUGGCUGGCCCCCCGGCGGUUUCCCCGCCCCUCAGGGCCCUUACUACUGCGGUGUCGGUGCUGGCAAGGUUGUCCAGCGUGACAUCGUCGAGGCUCACUACAAGGCCUGCCUGUACGCUGGCGUCAAGAUCUCCGGUACCAACGCCGAGGUGAUGCCGGCCCAGUGGGAGUUCCAGGUCGGCCCCUGUGAGGGCAUCGAGAUGGGCGACCACCUCUGGAUCUCGCGUUUCUUCCUCGCCCGCAUUGCCGAGGACUUUGGCGCCAAGGUCUCGUGGCACCCUAAGCCCAUCCCCGGCGACUGGAACGGUGCCGGUCUCCACUCCAACAUGUCGACGAAGGAGAUGCGCGAGGAGGGCGGCAUGGUGCACAUCGAAGCCGCUCUCAAGAAGCUGGAGCCUCACCACCUCGAGUGCAUCAAGGAGUACGGCGACGACAACGAGCUCCGCCUUACCGGCAGGCACGAGACUGGCUCGAUCGACAAGUUCACCUGGGGUGUCGCCAACCGCGGCUGCUCGAUCCGCGUGCCCCGCGAGACUGCCGCCAAGGGCUACGGUUACUUUGAGGACCGUCGCCCCGCCUCCAACGCCGACCCUUACCGUGUCACCAGGGUUCUGAUGACAUCGAUUUUCGGCAAGCUGUAA